AUGACAUUGCUGAGAACGCUUGCACAGGAUAUCCAGCACUUGGUCUAUGCUGACGACCUUCAGAUUUAUCUGCGGUUCUCGAGGAAGGACCUAGAGGAUGCCACUGUUAGGAUGGGUGAUGCAGCCAGAUGCAUUAUGGACUGGGCCCUACGAAAUCGCCUUCAUCUAAAUGUUGCCAAGACUAAGGCAAUCAUUUUUGGCUCUCAGUCCUAUGUCAAUGACGUUUACUCUUUGCCCGGCAGGUCCAUUAGCAUUGGCGAUUCCACGCUCCCCUUUGAGACUUCAGUACGCAGCCUUGGAGUGGUACUUGAUAGUAAACUCACGUGGAAAGAACAUAUUACCAGCAUUUCUCAGAGAGUUGGCUCUGUGAUGUUUCGUUUCCGGUUCUUCCGUGCCAGUACCACCUUUGAGCUGCGCAAACACUUGAUCGAGACUCUGGUGUUCCCCUUGGUUGAUUACUGCUGCCUGGUGUACGGUGGUCUUUCUGCUGAGCUCUCUCUUAGGAUCCAGCGCCUCGUCAACAUGGGGGUUAGGUUCGUUUUCGGAGUGAGGAGGGAUGAGCACAUCGCCCCUUUCAGGGGGCGAAUGGGAUGGAUGACGUGUGAGGCGCGGAGGAAUUACUUUCUUGCGUGUCUCACCUACAGGAUUCUGCGAUCCGGAGAACCAAGCUAUCUUGCUGACUUCUUCGUUGCUAAUCACAGUGUGCGCCCGGUGAGGGGUGAGGUGUGUCCCCUCCUUAUCAAGCCUUUUAGGACGGAAUCUCUGCGCCGUUCAUUUCAUGUGUCUGCAGCAUAUCUCUGGAACUCUCUUCCCUCCUCAAUACGUGAUCUUCCCACCAUCCUGUCCUUCAAGAUUGCUCUUCGCACUUUCCUCAGUGACAAUCCCUGA